AUGAAUGACGACGAAAGAAAGUCCAAGACUCUAACCCUCAACGCGGAGAAUGCCCCAACCGAAGCGACCACUUUCUACACGCGCACCUUUGAAGCCAGAGCGACCGAACUAGAGCGCCAUUUUCCAGGGCGCCAGAUCCAGACCGCCCAGGCAGACGACUUCAAAUCCUACCGCCUGUACAUACAAGCCGAAAUGGGCGCCUUGAGCGAAGCCAAGAUCGCUCAGACCGCCAGACUCCAGCUCUUAUCGGAUAGGGCCACUCCAGAACGGUGGACGACCAUCGAUCUCAAGCUACCAGAGAAGGAUUGGAAAAUGUGUCUGCAACGCGCGGUAGAGUGCAUGAUGCCGCAGGACAAGCUCACCGUCACCCACCGCCCGCCUUCAACGCCUAUCCCCACAACUCCUGUCCACAUGGUCGAAUCGGACAUCCCCCUGGUCGUCAAUCUGCUUACUCAAAUACAAGAACAUAUGCGCACUGGGACUCGCUUCGAGAUGAGCGCGAUCAUGAGCGCCCGCGCAUUCGAUCGUCUGCAUAGCGGUCUCGGCAAGGCGAAACUUCCGCCGGACUUCUUCAGCGAUGUAUCCCUCGACAUCGAUAUCGAGGGCGGGGCGCGCGUCGACACGUCUCUCAGAGUCCUGCUAGGCGAAAAGCCGGAGAUCGAGUCCCUCAGACUCGCAUAUGCCUCGUCGUACUCACUUCAGUCCUUCGAGGCGCGUAAGCUGCGAUCGCUGGAGUUAGUUGCGCCUUUGAUCCAGAAGCACGAACGUGGUACGACCGCAGCCCCCGCGACGACCUCGGAUUGGAAGUUGUUCGUCAGGGCGCUCGGGACGAUGGAGAGGCUGGAGAAGCUGCGCCUCGAGGGCGUGCUUCCGUAUACUUCGGGUCAGGAGCUCGAAUUUCACAGAUCUGAGACUGAGCAACUGCAGUUGGGGGAGCUGGUUGGAUUCGACGUUUACGACGACCUCAAUACGGUCUCGCUCUUCUAUGAUCUGUUGAAGGCCCCCAAACUCGAAAGGUUCGGCGUACGAGUGGCGCACCUCAAACCAUCUAGCAAUCCCGCCAACUUCACCUCGACCGUGCGCAAUCUUUUCAAGACCAUACAUGAGAAACUCGACAUCGGUCACUUUCAAUCGCUGGACCUCACAUUGAAACCGAGCGCCGGCGGCAAUACGGGAGAAGCCCAAGACGUGGUCGUCACCAUGCAUCUUGAAGACAAAGCAUCGGAGAUACCGACAGCCACUUUGACUUUUGACACUAACUUAAGUGGAAGUAUUGAGCUGAUUAGUCAAGCCAUUGGGCUCAUGCCAAACUUGACUGCGCUCUCGCUCAGGACUCUAGGCGAUCAUUCGGUGUACUCGGGCGUCCUCGUGGAUGCCCUGGGCACGGCAUUGCACGGUGCGCUCAACGUGAAGACUCUCGAGUUGCGCGACGAGGGUGCAAACUGGAUCGGGAUCGCUCUUCUUGAGUCGGAACUCUCCGUCAGUGCCACAAGCGCGUCGGCCCGGGACGCAAAGCUCGUUUCGAACGAGGCUCCUGUCGCUCUCUUCCCUUCCCUCUCGCAAGUACGCAUCGUCGAUAACAAUUGGAAGACAUCGCUGUCCGCUGAUUCUCCUCUCGCUGUAUGGAUCCGCAAACAUACAACGCCAACGCCAUCCCCUGACGAAGCACAACUCCCUUUCCUUCCCACGCUCCGUAGCGUCCUACUGCAUCGCCUGCAACUCCGGCUUCACGAGGAGCAACCGGCGUUCGAUGUCUUCAUCGAUGGCCCCAAGACGGACAUCCUGACGGAGCAUGUGGAAGGGCUGAAGACUAGCGGGAUACCGGGCCUCACGCUUCACCACUCGAAGGAUAUACGUACGCGUAAGGGUCAGGAUAGGACUACGUUAGAAUCCGUGGACUCUUCCAAACCCGAGAUACUCCGUGAUGAUCAGAAAUUGGGCACGACCCAGUAA